UCUAGUAAUGAGUGAUGCCGAUGCGAUGCGUCCUGGCGCUGGACCGCCGCCACAGCCACGCCCACCUUUUCCAGGCGCACGUCCAAUGGUCGGCGUAGGCCCACGCCCACCUAUGCCGCCCAAUAUGGCUGUGCGUGGUGCAAUGCCGCCACCGCUGCGUCCAACAGACAGCAAGAGCAACUUGCUCAUGGGCCCGCCACCACCAGGCAUGCGUCCAGGCAUGCCGCCACGCCCACCCAAUGCUGGUGGACCCAUGAGUCCGACUGGACAGGGCCCGCCGCGUCCGCAGGGCGGCUUUCCUUGGCCGCCACGCCCACCACAAAACAUGCAACGAGCGCCGCAAGCAGCGCCGCCAACUUUUGCGCGUCCCAUGCCCGGACAGCCGCUGCAGGCGCCCUAUAGACCGCCACUCUACAAUCAGCAACAACUGCCGCAACAACAGCUGCAGCAGCAACAGUUGCCCAUGCAACAGAUGCAGCAGCAGCAGCAGCCGCAACUACUACAACAGCAGCAGCAGCAACCACAAUUACGCCCACAAUCUGCCGCCAGUGUGCACAAUGAAGAUGAUGAUGAUGUCAUAAUGGGCACAGCUGUUACGCCGCUCAAGAGUUACAGCAUGCGCAAUGACCCCAUGGGCUCACCGCUGCUGGAGGAGACGGAGCCGCCGUUUGAUACAGCAACAGAUGUUUUAACUAAGACAAACGUUUAUAAAGGUGACAAUGACAGCGGCGUGGAUGAGUCCACUCAAGAGAAGGAUCGCAACGGACCGCAUUCGCCUAGCUCACCGGUUAAGACGCCCACAUCGACCUCAUCGAAGCCAGACAAGUCGGGCAUAUCGCGCCCGCCAAGCGCCACGCCUUCAAAUAAAUCAGCCUCCAAAUCGCGCAGCGCCUCGAAGAAUCGCUUGCUGCUGAAGACGCCCGAGCCAGAGCCAGCCAAGAAAGUACCAAUGAACAAGAUACAAGUGGGACAUGCGCCUUCGCCCAAUCUGAAGGCGGUGCGCUCAAAGAUUGGCUCGCUGGACAACGCCACCUACAAGCCAGGCGGCGGCAAUGUAAAAAUCGAGUCCAAGAAGAUUGAUAUCAAGGCUGCGCCACGCAUAGAGGCCAAAAACGACAAGUAUGCUCCCAAGGGCGGCGAGAAGAAGAUAGUUUCAACAAAGUUGCAGUGGAAUGCCAAAUCAAAGAUUGGCUCAUUGGAUAAUGCGGCCCACAAGCCGGGCGGCGGCGACAAGAAGAUUGAAACGCUCAAAAUGGACUUUGGCAACAAGGCCAAGCCCAAGGUGGGCUCCAAGGACAAUGUUAAGCAUCAGCCCGGUGGCGGCGAUAUUAAGAUACAAUCGCAAAAAAUAGAAAUUAAGGCACAAAGCAAAGUUGGCUCUUUGGAUAAUGUAAAGCACAAGCCCGGUGGCGGUGAAAAGAAGAUAUUCGAUGAUAAGGAUUAUUUGAAAAAUGUUGAACACUCUGUUGCACUGACAACACCACCAACACAGAGUCCACUACCAUCCAUGACGGCUUCAAUAAGCGGCGCUGAUGAAAAUCUAAAUCAACAAUGUUAAAUUCAACAAUUGUCCAAAAAGAAAAUUCAAUAUAUUAUUUGAGACAAUUUGCAAAAAACAAACA